AUGGAUGCGAGAUGUAACGCCUGUAAGAAAGGACCACCCGAGGUCUCCCUAAAGCGUUGCGCCAAAUGCCAUACAACACCAUAUUGCUCCCGAGACUGCCAAAAAGCCGAUUGGAAAGCCCACAAGAAGAUUUGCAGCAAGAAUCAAUCCACAAACGCUUCAUCCAACGCAUCAAAUCCCACGAGCAACCGUUUAUCUCCCCCCAAGGGGCUAGAUCAACCCAUCUCCAAACCCUUCACCCGCCUCGACAAAGGCACCUGGCUUCACGAACGCCCUGAGAAGGACGUAUACAGACUGCUUGUCGACGCCUACCGCCUGCGUGUCGAAGACACGUACACCAUGGAAGGAGAAGUAAUGGCGGGCAGUCUUUAUGACGGGAGCACUGACGGACUAUAUGGCUUCCAGGAGUUUUUAGAGGAGGCGGCUGCUGUGCCUGGCUUGCUACCUCCCUGGUGGAACGACGAGAAGCAGGAGGCGUGUGAGCAGCUGGGGAUGGAUGACGAAUUUUCGAAUCUGCGGUAUCCUGUUGAGAAGAGCGAUAUUAUCGAGCAUUAUGGGGAUCGCGAGUUCCCGAUGCAGUUGAGGAUGUUUGCGGAGGCUGUUUAUGGGCCGGUUGGUGGGAGUGAUGGGACGGCGAUGAGGAAGAUGAUGGUGGCGAUGGAGACGGGUGAAUUGGGAAACAAUGUUUAUGGCUCUAUGUUUUAA